UUCCCAUUCCCGAUACAGAAAACCAGAGCGAGAGGGAGAGAAGUGUCCGUACUUGAAAAUGGCCGUCUCAUCGUUCCAGUGCUCUACGAUCUUCUCCUCCGUCGCUCCCUCCGGCUUCCAAUGCCGUUCCGAUCCGGAUCUCUCUGGAGCUCCCCUCGGGGGCUCCUCUCGCCGCCGUGUCAACCUCUCUGCGACCGCCUCCUCCUUCACCGGCGCCGGCGGAAUCUUUUCCGUGAUCUUGAGGUUCCCGCCCAAUUUCGUCCGCCAACUGAGCACCAAGGCUCGACGCAACUGCAGCAAUAUCGGUGUGGCUCAGAUCGUCGCGGCUAAGUGGUCCAACAACCCUGCCUCUGGUUUGCCCUCUGCGGCGCCUGCGCCUGCGACUGCUCCCGUAGCCGCUGCGUCCGCCGCCGCCUCCGCUCCCGCCGUGACUCCCGUUGAAACGGAGGAUGUGGUGGCCGAGGGAAUUAGGGAUGUAGGUAGUGUACAGCUGGAGAGUUUGCCCGAUUUGAAACCUCCGUUUUUGAGCUCCGAUGGGAGCCUUACUGUUCAUGCAGGUGAAAGAUUAGGUCGUGGAAUAGUCACGGAUGCUAUCACUACCCCCGUUGUCAACACAUCUGCCUACUUCUUCAAGAAAACUGCUGAGCUUAUUGACUUCAAGGAGAAACGCCAUGUAAGCUUUGAGUAUGGUCGUUAUGGAAACCCAACGACUGUGGUACUAGAAGAGAAGAUAAGUGCACUGGAGGGGGCUGAAUCAACCUUGAUUCUGGCAUCUGGGAUGUGUGCGAGUACUGUCAUGUUGUUGGCUUUGGUUCCUGCUGGUGGACACGUUGUGACGACAACAGAUUGUUACAGGAAGACAAGGAUAUUCAUGGAGACUUUUCUUCCUAAGUUGGGGAUCACGGUCACUGUUAUUGAUCCUGCUGACAUCGUGGGGCUUGAAGCUGCAGUGAAUGAGCACAAGGUUUCUCUGUUCUUCACCGAGUCCCCAACCAAUCCCUUCCUUAGAUGCGUUGACAUCAAGUUAGUUUCGGAAAUAUGCCGCAGAAAAGGAACUCUGGUCUGCAUUGACGGUACUUUUGCUACAGCUCUCAAUCAGAAGGCCCUUGCCCUUGGUGCUGAUCUUGUCGUGCACUCUGCUACAAAAUAUAUCGGAGGCCACAAUGAUGUUCUUGCUGGAUGCAUCAGUGGUUCGUUGAAGUUGGUUUCAGAAGUUCGCAAUUUGCAUCAUGUGUUGGGGGGAACACUUAAUCCGAAUGCUGCAUACCUAAUCAUCCGAGGCAUGAAGACUAUGCAUCUUCGUGUACAGCAACAGAAUUCUACUGCUUUGAGGAUGGCCGAAAUUUUAGAGGCACAUCCCAAGGUGAGUCGUGUGUAUUAUCCGGGUCUGCCUAGUCAUCCCGAGCAUGAUAUCGCCAAGAAACAAAUGACUGGUUUUGGCGGUGUGGUUAGUUUUGAGGUCGAUGGAGACAUUGAGAAAACGAUCAAGUUUGUGGAUGCUCUGAAGAUACCGUACAUAGCACCGUCAUUCGGUGGCUGCGAGAGCAUUGUGGACCAACCCGCCAUAAUGUCCUACUGGGAUCUGACGCAAGAGGAGAGGCUCAAGUACGGAAUAAAGGACAACUUGGUUCGCUUCAGUUUCGGAGUUGAAGACUUUGAGGACGUCAAGGCCGACGUUAUUCACGCUCUCGAUUCCAUCUGAACUGAAACGAGGUGAUGUCUCACUGUCACCUUCACUAUCUGCCAGUUUGGUUCCAACCCCAGUCGUGUCUGAAAACGCUGAGAUAUGUUCCUGUGGCAUUUCUGCUCUGGAAGUUUGUCAUUUUUCUGAUCAAUCAUGGACUUUAUGAUCAAUAAUGUGAUUUCUGUCUCUUUUUUCCAAAACGUAAUAGCACUCAUAUGUAUA